AUGGCGAGCUCAGGCGACUUCCCCAAGCGCCCCGAAACGUCAAGCUUCCAGUUUGCAUCAACUUUCCAGGGAGAAGACGCCCUCAGGACGGGUGAGUGGGUCCUGAGUCAAGAUCCCAAGUAUGAAGGGCAGGAAGCCAGGGUACGGGUGGAGCGGUGCGACCUAGAGGGCGGCGUUUUCCACGGCGACUAUGGCCUUCUCCUCGACGAGUCCCACAAGCACUACGGGGUGGGGGCGACCCUGCCGAAGCCUGUCGACAACACGGGCAAGGACCUCGUGCUGCAGUACGAAGUGCAGGUCCGGGGUGGAGCAAACUGUGGCGGAGCUUACGUCAAGAUGCUGCGGGGGGGCUCGGGAGAAGACAUGUCGACACUGAACAAUGACAGCCCUUACUCUAUCAUGUUCGGGCCCGACAAGUGCUUCCGCGACACCGACAAGGUCCACUUCAUCCUCCAGCACCAGAACCCCAACACCAACGAGUGGGAGGAGAAGCACUUCGGCAACGCGCCCAAGAUCAAAGAUGACGGGGGCUUCCACGUGUACACCCUGCACAUCAAGAAGGACGACAGCAGCUUCGACCUGUACAUCGACACCGAGAUGAUCUCCUCGGGCAGCCUGCUGGCGGACAUGAAACCGCCUCUGGUUCCGCCGCAAGAGAUCGACGACCCGGAAGAUGAGCAGCCGGAGGAUUGGGUUACGGAGGCCAAGAUCCCAGACCCCUCCGCGGUGAAGCCGGACGACUGGGACGAGGACGCUCCGAAAAAGAUCGUCGAUGAGGACGCGGACAUGCCCGAAGGCUGGCUCGAGGAGGAGGAGGACAUCAUCCCCGAUCCUUCAUCGACCAGACCGGAUGAUUGGGACGAUGAGGAAGACGGAGAUUGGGAGCCGACAAUGAUCAUCAACAAAGCCUGCGACGAGGCCCCGGGGUGCGGCAAGUGGGAAAAGCCUCUGAUUGCAAACCCCGCGUACAAGGGGAAGUGGUCCGCACCGAAGAUCGACAACCCGGACUACAAGGGGGAGUGGCAGCCGCGAAAGAUCCCGAACCCGGCUUACUUCGACAUCGAGAGCACGGAACCCUCCCACGUGGACCCCAUCACGGGAAUCGCUGUGGAGAUCUGGACGGUCGACGGGGGUGUGUGGUUGGACAACUUCGUCAUCGGCCACGACGUCGGAGAUGCCCUCAGUCUCGCCGAACAGACCUGGCGUCCCAAGUUUAAGGCCUUCGAGGCCGUCAAGGCUGCCGAGAAGAAGCAGAAGGAAAGGGAGCGUGCCGACAAGAGGAGAGAGAGAGGUUCCAACGAGGCGAUCGCGUCGUGGAAUGCUAAGAUGGUGGCGACGUCCAGGCUACUCGCCGACAAGGCUAGGCCGUACGUCCCCGCCGCCGCCGCCCCAGCCCUCGACGCCGCAGCGGAGAACCCCAUCGCCCUCGUCGGCACGACGCUGGCCGGGAUGCUGGUCAUGAUCCUGCUGUCAGUCUUCAAGACGCGCAGCAGCAGCAGCAGCAGAAGCAGCAACCGCUCUCGCGCUAAGGCCUCGGCUCCUUCCUCCGAAGCAGGCGGUGACGACGAGGGGAGCGGAGAUGAAGGCGAAGGCGAGGGGGACGACAACCAGAACAAAGAGGAAGAAGAAGAAGAACAGGAGGAGGAGGAGCAGGAGGAGCAGGAGGGAGAGAGGGAGGAAAACGGAGAAAACGCGGCCGUCAACAAGCAGGACGAUUUCGGGGCCGCGGCAGAUGAGGCGGAGGGUGAGGUCGAGGAGCCGGCCCCGAUCUCGUCGACGUGACGGUGUUCACUUCAUGCGGGCGUCUUGUACACGAAAAGCAUGGCCGGUGCAGGGACGGCGGUGGGGGCAAGGUGGCCUCGCGUCCAGUUAAAUCGCUCUACAGAGUCAUACAGCUCAGCAAGCUACCAACAGGGAACAAAGAGGCCCAAGGAAUCGGCAAAGAUGCGCUAUCUCACUAUUUCGGAAGCUGUUUUGCAUAUCGCGCUCGAUCGUUUGCGGACGUUGUCCCGCAUAACCCCUGAUGCGGUACGGGAUAGGGUUUGUGGUCGAUGCUGGUAAGACGGGGGGCGUCUUGUUUCUUUGGCCGGUGUCGGCGCCCCAUGUAUGUAUUCGUUAUUUUCUUGGUCGGGCAGGAAGUGAAAAAGUCCGACGAUGUCAGUUGGCAAGUUGGUGUCGUGAGAGAAACGAGCGAAGAGGGGGUGGCUCGCAGUGCGUCGGUGGGAAAUAUAUUGGUAGUUGGCAUGGCAUUGGGAUCACCGCAGGUUUGGGCUAGAGAUAUUUGUAGAUACAUCAGGCGGCGGCGGCUGCCACCGCCCUGUGCUCCGCCCGCUGCUGACCCUCGGGUGGCGGGUAUUUCGUGUGUUUUUUU